AUGAUCCGACGCACCUUCUCCCGUAUUACGCGCAUGAACUUCCAAAUACUCUAUGGGGCCUACGUCAGACCGCUCCUGGAGUACGCUAACCAAGUUUUCUACUCAGGACGUACGAAAGACUUUACCCUCAUUGAGCGUGUCCAGCGGGCCGCCACUAGAAUGGUUGCCGGCCUCAAAUCCGUGGACUACGAAACGCGUCUCGCGACGCUUGAUCUCUUUCCCCUGGAGUACCGUCGCCUCCGAGGGGACCUAAUUCUUACCUACGCCCUGUUUGAACAAAGCUUGGCAAACAGGUUUUUUACCGUUGACCCAGCAAACACCCGGCGGGGACAUAGUGUUUCUGAGACGUUAGGAGAUGGCGAAGUUUACAUGGAGGACGAUCUCAAUGAAGCUGAUCCCGCCGCCAUGGACACAGAUCCCUUGUUGAACGUAUCCACCCCCUCCCACCGUGCAUUGGCUGUGUGCUUCGUCGGGCUUGUUGGCCUAACCACUUUCUAUUCCACUUUGCCCGCCUUCCCUGAGUCUCCUCAUGCGAUGCCUUAUCCCUCCUCACGUCGUUUGCUUGUAUUCACACCCUCGGAAGCUCCAGAAACCGUGGCCACUCACUCGUCGUAUCAGGAGGAUUGGCACCCCCCAUUCUUGCCCGGGGCCAACGCUAAGAUCGGCUACAUGCUCGGCUGGAUCUCGUCACUUAUGUAUUUCGGUUCGAGGUUUCCGCAAAUUUUUAAAAACUGGAGACGCAGAUCGACAGAAGGUCUUUGUCCGGCGCUGUUUUUUGCAUCCAUUUUAGGUAAUACCUCGUACGGCUUACAGAUUUUCAUCACCUCAACUGAGCCCAUCUUUCUGCUUCAAGCCCUCCCCUGGCUUGUUGGAAGCGUCGGCGUAUUGGCGCUUGACUUGACUGCCACUUUGGACAAACAUGAAGCAUGUGAGAAUUGGCGAGCAAAAGACCGUUUGAGAUCCUCUCUGUUGGCCAUAUUUCCCUGUGCUCUAUUGGGCAAGAUAGUCACAGUGACACUUUUGGACGAGACUCGAGUGACUGGACGUCUGAGCUCAUGUGAUGGCAUGAUGAAUCUGGUUCUCGAUGGUGGAGUGAAUAUCAGGCGGCGAUGUGCGAACUCUGACGAUGAAAUUAUCCGAAUAAAGGAGAUCACCAUCUUUGGCAAACGCAUCCGUUACGUGACUAUCCCCGACACGGUUGAUGUACAGCGUUCGCUGGAGAAGUGGGACUUCGAGACGAUUUCGUCUACCAUCACCUUAGAUCACUCCAAACGGAUGGUGGGGCGACCAAUGCGAGCCAGAGACCGAUGUGCCGCUCUGCGGUCUCGAACUGAGACCGUGUCAACUAAGGUAAACGAGAACAAGCCCGUUUCGGAGGCCAACAACAAAGCGUCUGGUCCUCUGACGAAGGAUCAGUCCCUACAGCUGGAUGAACGACAACAUCGCUCAGUGCUACUCCCACCGAAUUUCGCCCAUGAGACUGUUCCUUAGAACGACCACCAGCCACACCCACCACUUCAAAGUGAUAGGAGAUAUUUUUGUAUUUAAAUCUUGGCUUUUCGGUUUUUCGCUUCUUUCCUUCAGAUUUUGUGGGCGAAAACCAUCAGCACUUCCUAAGCCUGAAGAGCUUCAUUUUGUCCUUAG